GGACUUGCAAGGGACGUUAUCACUUUUCAUCAACAAAAUUUUAUCAACGAUGUCCACCACAUAAAUCAAGCAAUCAAACAGAAGUAACUGAUAAGCCUUUCUUCCUCAACUCAACCUCUUUUUGACAACCAAAAACGCAACCGAAAAGUAAAAAAUUAUGACUUCUCUCAAGCUCUAUAAAAACUACUAUCAAUCACCAUUUCUUCCCACUCCCUCAAAGCUUCAUCAGAAAGUAAUAAAAACUCGAACAAAUUUUUGCGUAAACAAUGAUUAUUACAGGAGAAAAUUUACUGUGAGAGGAUGCGUUGGGGAAGGAGAAGGAGAUAAGAAGAGAGAAAGGCGAACUUUCUUGACUCUAGAAGAAGCUGGUUUAGUUGAAAUGUCUGGUCUAAGCACUCACGAGAGAUUUUUAUGUCGUUUAACGAUAUCAUCUUUGAAUCUGCUAAGGGUGAUAUCGGAGCAAGAAGGAUGUCCAAUUGAGGAGCUGAAUGCGGGGAGAGUAUGUGACUGGUUUAUGAAGGAUAAACUGAAACGAGAGCAGAAUAUUGAUUCUGCAGUCCUUCAAUGGGAUGACUCUGAGUUCCAGUUUUGAGCUUUAAAUUUAAUUAGCUAAAAAGUGUCUUCAUGUGCCGUGCUCAAAAAUUUCUAAUUCAACUAAUUUUUUGUUCUACGCAUACAAUCCAAUCCAAUCCAACUAAAGGAAAGAUUGAUUGCGAGAAUGAAUCAUUUUAUUGUGUUAGCCUUCUGAGAAGAAAAAAAAAAAA